CUUGGCAGAUACCACACGGUCCGUAGCCAUUUGGCUCAAGUGGUUCAAACGUCCCGUCCCUCCUUGAUGUUGGAUUGCUGCGCAGUUCCCACCGUCAUGCCUUCCUACAAGUUGACCUACUUCGACAUCCGCGGCCUGGCCGAGAACGCGCGCAUCCUCUUCGCGGCAGCCAAGCAGCCCUACGAGGACGUCCGGUUGUCCCUGAGCUUCGGCACCCCGGGGGACUUCAGCACCAUCCAACGUCCCGAAUUCGAUGAGAUGAAGGCGAAGGGAUUGUUGGAUGUCUCUCUGGGCAAGGUGCCUCUUCUCGAGGUGGACGGCGUCCAGAUUGGUCAAUCCAAGGCCAUUGAGCGUUUCCUGGCCUCCCAGUUGGGCAUGAUGGGCAGCUCACCGGCGGAGGGCGCACAGGUGGAUCAGCUGGGUGAAACGGUGCGUGACAUCAAGGAUGCCUAUCAGAAGGUGCGCGGAAUCAAAGACGAGGCGGAGAAGAAGACAGCCAUGGAGAAGUGGUUCGCCGAGGACUUGAAGAACUGGGUGGCUUUGGCCGAGAAGUCCCUUCCAGCAGGACCUGGGCCCUUCUUGGUGGGUGGCAAGUUAUCCCUGGCAGACAUUCUCUUCUACACCUUGCUCCUGGCUCCUGGGGGUGCCUUCGACGACACCGAGGGAGCCAAGGCUUCCUUCCAGUCGAGCCCCAAAGUCAAGGCGGCCAUGGAGGCAGUGGAUGCUUUGCCACAGCUGAAGGAAUACUUUGCCAGCCGCAAGGUGACACCGUUCUAGCGCCGUCGUUAUGAACCAACAUGAACCAACCCGGCUAGAUGUCUUAGCGGAGGGGUGGCUGAUAUGUGCGAUAGAUUUGCCUGUGUUUUAUCAGGCGACUGGUGAGGGGAAUUGAAAGGGGCAAUUGCACUAGAUGCGCUUGCACCUGCAACCCCUUACGGGUCGUUAACUCAAGUGUGGACAGCGCAUUUGUGUGCCAAGUCCUUGUCGUCCAAGAUUGAUACCACACGGUCCCCAAUGACUGUGUUUUGGAUGGGUUGGCCGCCCACCAGAAUUUCUCAGUCUUGAAAGGUAAAAGAAAGCCAACAGCGAAAGUGAACUGGGCGGAAGAUUUGUAGUCGCACAGCGUUCAAGACUAGAUUUUAUACUAUACAGUACUGUACAUCCAUCCUCCAG